AUGUUUGGAAUUAGAGCAUUUCAUGCCAACUGGGCUAGCAUAUCAGUCGGAAGACGACUGUUUAAGCCAGUGACUUUCAGCUCCUCUUCCAACCUAUUUUUCCAUCGUUGCUUUUCCACCUCGGGUGCUUUCGCCAUGUUGACCACGGAGCUCUCUGACGCGGCCAUUUCAGCCCUUCGCGUCAACAAAGAGAGACUGGCGAGGGAUCUUCAUCACUCAUGUCAAUGGGGUUCGGGGAUAAGAUGGGGAAAUGACCCCACGGAAACGGGUAUGCAGCGUCUGGCUCUGUCAGAUGAAGACAGACAAGUUCGGGACUGGUUCGUUCAGACUAUGAAGAAUCUGAAAUGCCAAAUCACCGUCGAUGAAAUGGGUAAUAUCUUUGCCGUGAGGCCCGGUCGACGCACAGAUGUACCAGCUACAUUUAUUGGCAGCCAUCUCGAUACACAGCCAACCGGAGGUCGAUAUGACGGUGUCCUAGGUAUUUUGGCAGGCGUAGAGGCCCUGAAACGGAUGGACGAGCUGGGUCUCGAAACAGAGGGAGGAGUCGGUGUCGUGAAUUGGACCAAUGAGGAAGGCGCACGGUUUCCAAUGAGUAUGGUCUCGUCGGGCGUCUGGGCCGAGUGUAUCCCGCUAUCGAAAGCCCACGAUCUCAAAGAAGUGCCCACCGUGGCAUCACUCCCAUCGGCCGCAUCUGCUCCAGAAACGAUGAAAGCGGCUUUAGAAAGAAUCGGAUAUCUCGGCGACGUGCCCUGUUCUUACAAGUCCGUUCCAAUGGCAGCACAUUUCGAAUUACACAUCGAACAAGGUCCUCACUUGAUUUCGGCCGGUCAGCGUGUCGGUGUUGUCACAGCAGUCCAGGCCUACCGUUGGUUCAGGCUUGAGAUUACUGGGCGAGAUACUCACACAGGUACCACCGCCUUUGAACACCGUGCCGAUGCAUUGUAUGCCUCUGCGCAGAUGAUGGUCCGAGCACGCGAGGUGGCCGCGGCAAAGGGCUGUCUCGCCAGCGUGGGUAUCAUUGAAGCGGCACCAGGAAGUGUCAACACAGUCCCCGGACGUGUGAGCUUCAGCCUGGAUAUCCGAGGCCCGGAGACUGCGCUGGUGGCCGAAGUGGAAGAGGAAUUGCGCAGUGCCUUUGAUAAGAUCGCUGCAGCUGAAGGCGCCGGAAUUGGCAAACCCUGUCAAGCGAAGUGGACACUGGACUUUGACUCGCCGGCUAUCAAGUUCCACGAGGAUUGUAUCGACUGCGUCCAGGAAUCGGCCCUUGCAGUGGUUGCAGAUGCGCCGGUGGCUGAUACCAAAGCUUUGGUUCGGCCCAUUAUGAGCGGUGCUGGUCACGACAGCGUCUUUGCGUCCAAGCGAGUGCCAACGAGUAUGAUCUUUGUUCCAUGUCGCGAUGGAGUGAGCCAUCACCCGGAGGAAUUCUGCUCGGAGGACGAUUGUGCCACAGGAGCAUCCGUGAUCCUUCAGGCGGUGGUGCGGUAUGAUCGGAGGAGGUUCAAAUAA